GAAUAGGGAGCAAUGUUGGGAAGUUGAAGUAGAGAGAGAGAGAGAGAGAGGAGAAGAAGAAGGAGAAGAAGAAGAAGAAGAUGACGGUGGAAGCGGGAAUCGGGUACGCGCUGAUAGCGCUGGGGCCGGCGCUCUCCCUGUUCGUCUCCGUCGUCUCCAAGAAGCCCUUCUUGAUCCUCACCCUCCUCUCCAGUACACUACUAUGGCUUAUAAGUCUGAUUGUGCUGUCGGGAAUAUGGAGGGCGUUUCUUCCUCUGAAGUCAACAACAUGGUGGCCAUACGCAAUCCUUAUAAUCAUGUCUGUCGGAUUUCAAGAAGGGCUUCGAAUCUUUUUAUGGAGAGUUUACAAGAGGCUGGAAGAUAUUCUGGAUGCUUUUGCUGAAAGAGUCUCAAAGCCUCGCCUUUUUCUCACGGACAAGAUGCAGAUUGCACUGGCUGGUGGUUUAGGCCAUGGUGUGGCUCAUGCUGUGUUCUUUUGUUUGAGCCUCUUGACACCAGCUUUUGGUCCUGCUACUUUCUUCAUUGAUAGGUGCUCAAAGAUGCCAUUUUUCCUCGUUUCUGCAUUGAUCGCUCUUGCCUUUGUCACUAUUCAUACGUUCUCAAUGGUUAUUGCCUUCAAUGGGUAUGCAGAACAGAAUAAAGUUGACCAAGUUUUUGUUCCUGUCGUUCAUAUGGUGGCAGCAUUGAUGACACUUGUGAAUUUUGCCUCUGGGGGUUGCUUGGUGGGAAUUCCUCUUCUUUAUGUCAUGGCAAUCUUGACCUUGUUGCAUUGUGCGAAGAUGGUGUGGAGAAGAUUAACAGAAAACUAAGCUGGUACAAGGAGCUCAUAGUAAAGCCACAUUUGAUGUAAAGUGACCUCCGAUUUUCUUCUUUCUGUAGUCAGUUCUGCAGCUUCCUCUGAAAGUCUCUGUUGUUUGGGAAGUGCAUAUAAUCCUUGUUCAGACUUUAUUAUAAUUUUCUUUCCUUUCAUUAUUUACUUCUAGUCCUCCUUUCAGUCCCUCGUUGCAUGGUAGUGAAAGAGAGAUUCUUUGGCGCUGCCCAGUUGCAGCUUCAAUACUGCUGCCCUGAAGCAUCUCCGUCUCUCCUACCUGGCUGCAGCUUCCGGCUUUGACGCUGCUUCCGCGUGACCCUGCCGGCUGCUGCUUGGACGCUGCUACCGCAAUGCAACCAAAGCUUCUCUCCUUUUGUAAUAUCCUUUGGAUUAAGUAGGUGAAUGAUCGGAUAAAAAUGGCACCGGUGAACAUGUAUUUUUAAGGAGAUUCACUCUCAUCAUUUGCAACUCAUACGUGCGAUCGCUCCUUAGCUUCCCAA